AUGGGUGGAAGGGCUGUUGUUUUUGGAGUGCCCAGUGACUCUAUCUCCAUGGCUUAUUGUGGAUUUCGGGGCAACCUCCCACCGGCUUUGAAUUUCUCCCAAAUCUGCCUCAUUUUUCUCAAAGGAAAUUCAUCCUUCAGCUUUUCGCUGUACCAGCCAACGCAGCUGUAUUCUGAUAAUAUUGGGUUUCCAUUGUGCGGCUCCCAGGAUUGGAUUGAUAAUGGUUGCGGCGGGGUUAAUCAAUUCUGUUUCGGUCUUCAACAGAAAUCACAGCUGCAACAACAACAACUACAACAACAGCAGCAACAGUGGCAGCAGCUUCAGAGUCAGCAGCGAAGGAAUCAAAGUCUUUAUUUUGACAACAGUCUUCUUGCCUCCUCUAUCAAGAACAUCAAUACCACCACCACCAACAACAACAAUCGUGAAUCAAUGAUGUAUUGCCAAAGCAUGGAUUCUCAGGUUGAGAAGCAAAGACAUGAGAUUGAUCAGUUCAUCAGAUCACAGAAUGAGCGAUUGAGAUUGUUACUGCAAGAGCAAAGGAAACAACAAGUUGCAGCUUUUGUAAAAAGAAUAGAAUCAAAAGCUUUCCUUUUACUUAGACAAAAGGAUGAAGAGAUAGCAAAAGCAACAACUAAAACAAUUGAGUUACAAAAUUUGUUGAAGAAACUAGAGAUGGAGAGCCAAGCAUGGCAAAGAGUGGCACAGGAAAAUGAAGUAAUGGUGGCGGCGUUAAACAACACUCUCGAACAACUACGGGAACAAGCGUCUUGUUGUUUUAAUGGGGUAGAUGAUGCAGAGUCAUGCUGUGAAGUGAACGGAGAAGGAAUAGAAGCAGAGGGAAACAGAGGUUUCGCAGGACUUGCUGUCGAUCGCGGACAAGAAGAAGCCGAAGAACAAAGAACAAGAACCCCGACGACAAUGGUUUGCAAAUGCUGCAAUUCUCGAAAUUCGUGCGUUUUGUUCCUCCCUUGCAGACACCUUUCUUCAUGCAAGGAUUGUGCAGCUUUUCUUGAUUCUUGCCCCGUUUGUAGAACGGCAAAGAAAGCUAGCAUUGAGGCCCUGAUUCCUUAGGCAGGACCAAAAAUUUCAGGGGAAAUGUGAACGGAAAAAACCCCAGAAAAAGGAAAAAAAAGAAGAUAAAAGACAGAAAAACUGAUGAUGAUGGCUGAACAUAACCCAUGUGGCUGCUAGGAUUGAAUUCUCACUAGGUCUUUUAUUUUUGCUUAAUUUUUUUGGUUUUUUCCCCUUUUUAGGUACUCUGGGCUUUAGAUUAAACUUGUACUUAAACAACCAAAAAAAUGAAUCAAUUGAACAGAAAUUACUGCAGGAA